CCGUCAUCGCUAAUGUUGGGACUUGGAAGCCACGGUGGAGCUGUUGUUCAAGCUGAAAAGCUUGGCUCUCGACCAUGUCCACCGCUGGCCCGCGUCUCAUCUCUCAUGAUUCAGAUGUCAGCACCAGGGAAUCUCCUGGACAAUCAAGCAGCCAAACCAACCUGGGCAGAUCGGCUACGGCUCUCAGGCGGAGAAGACCUGCAGGCAUUGGCUCAGAACCUGGCACCAAUCCUCGCGGAGACGAAUCCGAAGAAUUCAGUCAAAAAUGUGCAAUACAAGUCACGGACUACUCUCCUGAGCACGUUGAAGUCACUACCAUGUCCAACCUGGAGUUUGUCGAUCUAAUGAAGCAACCGGAAGCCAAGCCCGACUCGCGCCCGCCUUCUUUGAGAUGGAUCAAUAUCGGUGGCAUAAGCUGGGAUGUCAUUAGUGCCAUGGCUCUCAAAUAUGACUUGCAUGCCCUAGCGCUCGAGGAUAUACUGCACGAGCAAGGUCACAAUCAAUCCAAGAGUGAUUAUUACCGACAGCAUCUCUUUCUUCGUGUUGUUUGCCAUACAUUGGGCCGGGAAGGCGACAUCCAGCCGGAUGCGCAACCAACCUCGGAAUAUUCGAGAAAUUUUCGUCUCAACGAUGCUGAACGCACAGCUGGAAUAUACGAAAAUAAGCGCAGGUUCACCCGCUUGUCCAGUCUCAGUGGCUUCCAUCUUUCGCCUCGACAACAACAGAUUCUCAAGAUAGCUUCACUGAAGAAAGGCGAUCGAGUGGUUGUCCAUCACGAGCCCAUGUUCAUAUUUCUUCUUCGGGAAGGAACUGUGAUCUCCAUCCGGCCAAGUCCUAGCCUCGAGUUCACAGAGGCUGUGACGGAACGAAUCCAGCGGCAGGACUCUGGGAUGCGCACGUCGGCUGAUCCGGCCCUAGUGGUCCAGGCGCUACUUGAUCUGAUCGUCGAUCGCAUCUUGCAGGUGAUGGACGAAUAUCAAGAUAAGAUCCACGAGCUUGAACGCCAAAUCCUGAUGAAGCCGGGAAUGUCCUCAGUCAGGAGCUUGCACAUCCUUUCCGGGGACUUGAUUUUACACAAACGACCGGUGUGCUGCACUAGGACUGGGUGCCGAUAUGCCUGCGAAUGCGCAUCACCGUAGCUCCGAAAAUCGUGAACGAGAUUCAGCACUGGUCGCCGUCUCUCACAAUACUGUCACACAGGGUUACAUGAGUUAUAAAGCCAAGAUUUAUCUGGCCGAUGUUUAUGACCAUAUGGACUUUGUGCUCACAAGUCUCGACAUGUUUGCCGGAAUUUCCGAAAAUCUAAUCAACUAUGCAUUCAAUAUGGCCUCGUACGAAAUGAACCAAGUGAUGCGCCGUCUCACUCUGGCGACGAUCAUCUUCCUGCCGCUCACCCUCCUCACGGGCUACUUCGGGAUGAACUUCACGCAAAUGUGGUCAAUAAACAACAACAGCGAUGUCUUCUUCUGGAUUAUUGCGCUGCCUGUGAUGGGAGUGAUCGUGCCGAUGUUCUUAUACCCGGACAUUAAACAGCUCGUCCAUUAUGUCCAGAAACUGAUGGCUGCGCGUCGGGUCGUAUUGAUGGAGGAGCGAGCAGCGCGAAGUCGUAGCGUAGUUUACGAUCAAUCACUGUCGGGUUAGGGUCAGAUCACGUCGCCUGCGCAUGAUUUCCUGAGACUGUCAUGGCCGAACGCAAGGAAAUCGAUGCUUUCUUCAGUUUCCUCGCCACCUUCGACCUUGUUCGCCCAGUAUCGACUCUGGAAGACCUGAGCGACGGUGCAGCUCUGUUCGAAGUACUCACCCUCGUCGAUGCGGAUUACUUCCGCCAGUCUACGCGGCCCUCGGCCCUUCCGUCAGACAACUGGGUCCUUCGAUUCAGCUCCCUCAAACGAUUAUAUCGUCUCAUGACACAGUACCUCACCGAGGUUCUGCAGAAGCCUACCAGCGGACUUGAUGUUCCGGACCUCCAAGCCGUGGCUAAAGACCACUCCCCAACUCACAUUCUCGCCAUGUGCCGCCUGACGCUGGCCAUUGGUGUUCAAUGCGAGCAGAACAAGCAGUUCAUAGACAAGAUUCAGGGCCUGACCGAAAGCGACCAGCAUUAUCUCAUGAAGGCGAUCGAGCAAGUUAUGGCGCGGAUCAGCACUUCUGGAGAUAGUGGGGAGGCAAGUAUCACAGAAGACGAUCAUUACUACCAACUGCAAUCUGAGCGAAGCAAUAUCUUAUCGGAGAAGGAAACACUAGAAAAGGUGUACCAGAAUCUGUUAGAGGAGCACCGAACGUUACAGACAAGCUACGACGACAUGGCAUCCGAAAAAGAGGACGCGUUGGCGCAGCUGAAGAACGUUCGUAGCGAAGCCGACUCGAGGAGAAACGACAAGGGAGAUGGCAUGUUGCGUGGUGAGAUCGAUCGACUUCGUUCGGAGCUGCAGAAAAGCGAGGACAAUCUUGCGACUGCGGAAACUGAGCUGGAUAAGCAAGCCCAUAUUGUUACCGACCUUACAAAGCAGAACGAGGAUUUGUUGGCUCGAGCGGAAGAAGCCGGACGACUGAAAGACCAGGUCGACGAGUACCGGCACACAGCAGACAGGCUCCAGAAGCAGGAGAAUGUUAUGGAAAAGUAUAAGAAGAAAUUGCAAGAGAGUGCAGAAUUGCGGCAAAACGUUAAGGCUCUCACCAAGCAAAACUCAGACUUGGUAGACAAGAAUGCUGCACUGGAGGAAGAGUACCGGAAGGUCGCAGCCUUCAAGCCCUUGAUGGAGUCGUACAAGAGCCAAAUUUCGGAAAUGGAGUCAAAGCACUCAGCUCGAGCUCAGGAGCUAGAUACCGUUCGAUUUGAAUUGAGCGAAGUCAAAAACAAACUCAAAAUCGAGACGAGCGAACGGGCCCGGGAUGCGGAGACCCUUGAACUCUACCAGGAACGAGUGCGCGAAUUGGAGCUGAGUUCGCAGCGCCCGGUCAGCAAACGCAAGCCAGAAGCUAGCGGUGCAGACGAGUACAUCGAACCCGAAUCACUGGGUGAAUCUCUCGGACAGACGGAAAUCGAUGAGGAUGAAUCUGUACAAGGACUUGGCGGGGAACUGGACGAUGCCAUCGCGGGGACGACCAUGACAGAUCUGAAGCUGCAGAUCCGGAAACUCAAGCGGGAGCUCGAAACCACGCGGCAGAGCGAGGCUGACGCGAGUCGCAUCCUUGUGUUGGAGAAUCUCCUGGAAGAUGCCAAUCGCAUGAAGACAAGAUACGAGGGCGACUAUCUCGCUGCACACCGUGAAAAGCUUGUGCUCCAGCGUGACCUCGACGAGAUUCGCAGCGGAAAAUCGAUGGGCGAUGGUGCCGAGGCUGCCAUCGCCUUGCGGCAGAGGCUGAAUGAAGCUGUCGAUGAACUGGACACUCUUCGAAAAGACCACACGGAGCUGCAAGUUCAAUUCGACACCCAAAGCCGAGAGUUGACCAUCUGCAAAUCCGACUUGACCUUGGUGAACAAGGAUCAGUUGGAUAUUCUCAACACGCUUCGGGACUCUGUCAAUGAGGAUAAGGCCACCUUGGAGUCACAUGUCGAACGACUGAAGCAGCAGAAUAAGGAGCUCAGCGAAAAGAAUAGGAUGCAGCUCGAGCAGGUCAAUGGUCUGCUUUUGGAGAAAGUCAAUCUCCAGAGCGAGGGCAUCGGCCACCGCGAGAAGGCCCUGCAGCGAGAGCGGGACUUUGGCGACCUGCGGGCUACACUGUCUGGAAAGGACCUCCCCGAAGACAUCAAGACCCGGCUGCUGGCUCUGCACGAGGAGAACGUAAACCUGAAGGAGUCGAACAAGACUGCGCAGGCUCAACUAGUGAAAGCGCGCACGUUCAUCAAGGAGCAAGAUAAACUGUUCAAAGAGCAACAUGCGACGCAGGCACUUUCUGCGGCGCCAGGCACAUUCGAAGAAGCCGAAACGAGUUUCCGUUCGCAGAUACGGAUCCUCGAGGAGGAUCUGACGCGCCAGAAACGGCUGAUGAGCGACUCUGUCAAGAGGUACAGGCGCGAGCAGGAGCUGAUGCUGGGCGUGGUCCACGCGAUGGGCAUGAAGACCGCGCGCAAUCAGUUGGCCGCCCCGCACCCAACGAGCUGGGCAGCUUCGCAACGCAGAAUGCUGAGCCCUACCCUCUCUCGGUGAUACGUACACUAUAUCCUAGAUUACAUCGCAUUCGUCUUAUACCUGGAGUCCUCACCAUUUGUGCAUUAUGUAGCAAGCAUGUAUCAUCUUCGUAACCUUCAGAACGACAUGGGGUUGUCCACCCGCCACACUGGGGGGUUGGCGCCCGUCGGCGCAACCUGGCCUUCCGACUCCACAGGCUCCGAGGACGCUCGGAUGUUGGCUGGCUUGACCCCGAGUGUGGAGCAGAGGGCACGAUAUCGCGACUGUAUCUGCCGGGAGAGUCUGAGAAUGUCGAGCUCCGAUGACGGAUCGGCAGCAGACGGAUUCACGCGUGGGAACUGGCUGAUGAGUUCGAGGAGAUGCUGGAUGUGGCGGACCGCGCGGCUGGCUGAAGUUAAGGGUCAGGCUCCCUCACGAGACACAUCCGAUACGCACUCGUCGCCCCGAUCCAGCGUCCGAUAGAUCGAGAGCCAUGUGCGGGCAAAGCCAUCGUAGAACGCGAGCUCCUCCCACAUCUCAAAUCCCUUUUCACGUCCGAGAGCGCGUCCCUCGAUGAGGCCGUGGAUGCGGCCGUGUGCGUGGCCAUCUUCGUAGCCUGAAUCAUAGAAGCUGAUAUGGUAGCUCGGCAACCUAGCAUGGCACGGAAAAGGUCUAGCGAACAGACGUUUGCUCCAGGUCUACAAGUGCCUCCAAGUCAAAAUCUUCGGCCAUGGGAGAUAAGAUAAAAAAGGGAGGUAUUGCACAGCCUCCGUUCGAUGAUAGAGGAAAGGUCAUAGAGUACUCAGUGUCUACUCAGUCGUCGUCGUCGUAGCUAUAGUCAGAGUCUGAAUCAUAGUCUCCGUAGUCCUCGUAUUCAUUAUCCACAUAUCCCUCCCCGUCAUUCCCUAAAUAUUCUUCGAAAUCGUAACCCUCACUGUCGUCUGACAGACUGCGAUGGUCCGAAUACGAAUCGGAGUCAGACCCAGCGUCCGAAGGCUCGAUGAUAUAUGCCGCUUCAGGGACUGCAAAGGCACUAGGCGCAGACCGUUCGAGUUGCGACCAGUGGCUGUCCCCAUCGCUGUCGAACACACCGGGGCCGUAUCCCGAGCGAUGGGAAUAUCCAUAACGAUCACUGGAAUGGUGGGACGAGGCCCGACGCUGCGCAAUUGUCGAUGGCGGCGAGUAGUGGCUCCGCGUAUGCGUCGAUGACGACGGAUACAAGUCUGGCGAGGAGUCCGGCCCGCGUCGCGUCGAGAAGGAACUGCUGCCGUCGUGCUGCUGCGGCUGGACGGCCCACGAGCGAUGAGAGGCUGGCGAAUGCGGCGAUGCUUGCGGGUGCGCGCGACCGUGGCCAGAGUCUCGACUAUGCACCGAAGGCGUGUGGGAGCUUGAUCGCCGGCUCGAGAUUUCCUCGAUGUACGCGCCACUGUAUUCGCGGUCCGAAGCGUCGCCCGAGGCACGUGUAUCGUAAGGGUAGGAAUAUGUGCGCCAGGCCUGGCCGGGAGCACGCGCUAGUCGCGAGGCAUACUGAGCGGGAGGUGCGUAGGGAGAGCGCGAGUUGAGCGGCGUAUCAGGAAGUGGACGCGAGCCCAGAUUGAGGUUUGCAUAGCCGCUGGUCGGUACGUUGCCAGCGCGUCCUGCACUGGAGGUCCUGCUAGUCUCGCGCCGGGCGGCAGGCGCGUAAUUCGAAUUGGGAUAGUAGCCAGAGCCGGAAAUUCUGUCGCUGUGGUCGAACACUGCUUGCAGAUUGCGUCGGUCCUCAGCCCAAGGCUCCCCAUACUUGUAGCCAUGAGAAAGCAGGUCGCGGAAGGAGAGUCUGCGAUGCACGGCCGCGUCGGUAUGAUGAGGCUCGAGUGUUCCAGAUGGAUUGCUCUGAUGCAUACCUUUGGCCGGACAUGUAAGAUAGAAUGCGUAUAUCAGCAAAAACUCAGCCCAAGAAGCUGGAGGUAGGAAGGUAUUGCCAAGUGGUGGUAUCAGGUCGUACAUGCGGAUGCAGCAAGAGACAGCAAAACUCAUCGGAUCAUUCGGCCGACACAAAUACAAGCACUGUAAGGCAAUCUACUUACAACCCAGCUAUAUUGCCAGCCACGGCCUCGACCUUGCCCUUCAGCCUUAGGGCCUCUCUGACAACGAGAUCGUUCUCAUCCUCGCCACACUCGAGGAUGAAGGUGGCGGUCUCGGACGCGAAGGGCAGCAGCUUCCCCCCAUGCACAUCCCAGACUUGGCUUGCCGCCGCCAGCGCGAAGACCCUGACACGGAAGUCGUCGGAGCGAGUGUGCAUGAGCAAGUCCAGAUUGAGAGACUUGAGCAACGCGUCGUCGGUGAUGCUGUCCGCCGAGGCAACGAGCGACUCGGUGAGCAGGGCUUUGGCCUCGGCCGUUGUGCAGGUCGGCAGUUGCCGGACGAGGACCGGGGUGGUCAGCCUCAGCUUAUCGUCACGCCAGAAAGCUGAAGAAAGAUGAAAGAAGCGCAUAGAAUCGAAGAAAGGCACGCACAGCCGUCGUCUGAGUUCAGACUCUUCACCAUCACAUCGAGGACCGCCUUCCACAGCUCAGGAUCCGCUCCGGCUUCCAGAGUGUCCACGAACGGUUGGACGAGCAGCGCCAUAUAUGGGUUCAUCAGCCCCUUGAAGUAGUCCAGCAACGCAGAGUACACGCUGCAGAAUGUGAUCUUGCGAGCGACAUUCUCGCCCUCGACAAACGCCCAAUCGUACAUCUUGCGGAACAGCGGGCGGAAAGAGGCCUCGUUGAGUUUGACCACAAGCUCGAUGAACGCCUCCGUGACCUCUGUUUCUGCGUCGCUCUGGUGCUUGGAGAUAGAAAACGCGUCGAGGAAGACCUUGAACAGACCCCGCACAUUGUCCUGCACGGCCGGCCGCAAGCCACCGCGCAGACAUCUCUUGAGGAGGUCAAAGUACCCGACCAGAGACUGCGGAGAGUCUUUUACUCUAGCCCACAUGCUCUCCAAGGCACUGAUGAGCACAGCCGUCGGGGCGCGUUUCGCCAGUGCCUUCAUGAGCGGCGCUAACGCAGCUGACGGGGAGUCAACGUACAACUGUGCGACCUGCGUGAGCUCGGACACGCCCCAGAAGGAGGGUAUCGAGGUCAAUAGACCGUGCAAUACGGCAAGAGCCUCGGGGAUCACCGCCUCAUGCAGCAGCGCCGUACAUUGGGACACGACCUCGCGGAAGAAAGGGAUGAUCCGGGGACCCAACUUCGUCCUGAAAGCAGAAUCAAGAUAAAAGCCGACAGCGAAUUCAUGAUCACGCACGACAAAGGCACCAACACACCCAUCGCCUCUUUGGUCAUCCUCCUCGCCUUGAUAGCAGCCAACACAGCCGGCACCGCAGCCGUCAAUGCUCCUUCCUCGCCACUGUGGAGGGUGCCGCCGAUGGCCUUCAGCGCCCGGUAACAUGACCCCGCCAUCUUCCCAUCUGGAUGGAGCACCAGCAGCUUUUGCGUCUCUACAACAAUCGCAUUGAUAUGGGCAGAAAUCUUUGCCCUCGUCGAAUCUGCGAUCGUUGGCAGUCGCUCCGCCAGCAGAUCCAAGCCGCCGGCUUGCACCUGGGCGUCAGAAGAUAGCAGGAUACGGACGAUCGAGGCAACGAAGUCCACCGCAGACAUGCUCGCGAGAGACUUGUGCAAUGCCGAGCGAGCCGCUUGCGCAACAUCGCUGUCGGUGCGGGUGGUCGCUAGCGCAAUGAGCAACGAGACCAGGUCGCUGAUCGAUCCGCCGUCAGGAGCAGCUGCUUCUGCAGGGGGACAACUCUUGAUGGCUGAUCCGACGAAAACAACCAGGGCCUGGGCACGUCGGUUGAAUGUCGAUGCAGUAGGCUGGAGCUGGUUAUCGUCGCUGAGACACGGCUCGAGAUUCUCGGGAUCGGCCGCUCGUGCGAGUAGUCUCUGUGAUUCUCGGAGCAUUUCCGUGAGAACCUGAACGCUGUCAAAAACCCAACUUUCGACAAUAUGAGAGUGCGCACAAAGAUUUGGAGCUCGACUGGCUGUCGGUGGAUGACAGAAAUGGGUAAGGCCAAAGUGUUCUGCAGCUCAUCGUGGUUUUGCCGAAUUACGCGAGCGCCGAGCUUUUCAACAAGCAGCAUGCACAGUGGGGGCAGGAAAUCCGACACGCCCAGGACACUCGUAAGAUGACCAAAGAAGCUAGAAAGCGUUGAAUGGAGUGGUUAAUCGCACAGCACAGUCUACGCACUGUGUCCUGCGAUGUCGCGGAAUGUGAUUGGACGCAUCGGUAAACACUCUGACAAAGUCCCGGGCAGCGAUAUAGAGCUCUAAUCUCGAGGGCUGCGACUUUUUGAGGGAGGCGACCAUCACCGGGACGAUGCUGUCGAUUGUCUGUCGCUCCCAGUCAGUUGCAUCAUGCGAACACAUGAGCGCCACGCACUUUCUGGACCACUUUGAAGCUGUACGAGUCGUCACGGUGGAACACAUUUGAGCCCAUGAAGGUGAAAACAGGCAUCACAUUUUGCAGAGCCGAUUCAGGAGCCAGACGGGCCAGAGUAGCCAUGAGCAGCAAUGCUUGGUUCGAUGUUUGCGGGUUAUCGGCAACUGGCAGCGUGUCAGACACAAUGCACAGAAUCACGGGGAGCGAACGAACCGCGGAUAAGCUCAACCAGAAUAUCAAGAUGGAUGGAGGAAGAUAGAGUCUGCAGCAAAUCAGACGCGUCCUGCUUGGGAAACGAAUCGCAGCCCACAGCAAUCUUCUCUGCCGAGCGCUCGAUAGCAGACAUCAGUGACUGCUCGAUGUAGCUGACGUCGACAUCAGCCGGCGCGUUGGAUUGCACGACAUGAUGUAACGUCUCCAGUAGUCGGGACACGAGAUCAAGGGACCCGGG